AUGCGAAAUAAUCGACGGGUUAACGGAGUAAAUGACGACCUGGAUGCGGAGGACCACGGAGGGUCAUGGUUGACGGACGAGAGAAAUGCAGAGUACCUCCGAGGAACACAGGACGCCCUGCUCCGGCAGAUCGAGCAACGAGCAGACUUGCGACAAGCAUUUGUGCGCGAUGACCAAGGCAGGACUGGAGGGAAAACACUAUGCCGCCAGGCCAUGGCUGUUUAUAUGGAGUCCUGGCUCCUCUGGAACAUGAUCGGCCUGUAUCCCAUGACGGGCACGCCCCUGUUCCUCAUCGGAUCGCCUUGGUUCGCAGACCUGACCAUCCACCUCGGCGGCGGCGGCAGCGCGGCGAGGAAGCUCCGCAUUACAAGCACCGGCGGGGGGGGGGGGGAGACGCCUUUUACGUGCGCAAGGUGA